AUGUGGCGUUUAGCAAAGAAAGCGCCUCUCAAAUUUCGGACUACUUCUGGCCGUUCGCUUUCCAUGCAGAUCAAGGACCCGAAGAACUUGUUCUCAUUCACGAAAGGGCGUUGGCUGUACAACAACGAUCAACAACUCGCCGCACGAUAUGUCCCAUUCAACAUUUCCGCUCUAGCGGACAUCGCUGUCGAAGCUGCGGAAGCACGCUCGUGUACAUCUUUUGAGAAGUUGGACGAGGGGCUUUUCAACCGCGCAUUCCUCCUUCGCUUCGAUAAUGAUAGGGAGCUCAUUGCUCGCAUCCCCUUUCCUGUUGCUGGUCCCAAGCACUUUAUGACAGCAAGCGAAGUCGCGACAAUGGAAUAUGUCCGUACAGAACUUGAACUGCCUGUUCCUCAUGUCCGAGCGUGGAGCUCUCGCGCAGAGAGCACACCUGUUGGAGCAGAAUUUAUCAUUUACGACAAGGUCCCAGGGGUGCCUCUCAGGUCGCGCUGGUGGGACCCGGAGGUCAAGGGCAUAGUGGCCAUGGACAUAAUCACGACGAUUGUCGUGUUCGAGCGACUGAUGAUUGAUCAGCGAUUUUCGCAGAUAGGAAGCAUUUACUUCAAGGAAGAUCUGCCACCUUUCUUGCAAGACCGCAGUCUCUACUCUUCUGAUGCCGCGUCUACUCCCAACUCAGAGCGCUUCCGUAUUGGUCCAAGUCUGUAUAGGGAGUUCUGGAGAGGCGGGCGAGCUGCGCUUGAUAUUGAUAGAGGACCUUGGCCUAACAUUCACUCAUUUGCGCGCGCCCUCUCUGCCUGUGAGCGGGCUUGGUUGAAGCAAAGAUCCGAUGCAACGUCACCGGAGCAUCUCGCCCUGUUGGACGACUAUGACAAACUGAUACCCUUCCUCACUCCUGCUGUGACCCCAUUCACGUUGUGGCAUCCAGACAUGCACGAGGGCAAUAUCCUUGCCACGGAAAGCGAUCCAUGCGAAAUUACAGGCGUCAUUGACUGGCAAUCCUCCCUUGUCGGGCCAUUCUUCAUGCAAGUGACACUAUCCCCUGUGCUACAUUACUCUGUCAGCCCUUACGUCGACUACACUCCUGGAAGCUCCACAAAUCCUACAUUCGCGCCUGGGUACGAAGACCUGAAUCCAGAGCAAAAGAAGGCAGCAGACCGUGCACUCAAGGCAGCCUUCAGGGCUAGGGCUUACGACCUGAAGAUGAAAGAACUCAAUCCAGCGAUGGUGGAUGUUGUUGACCGAGCCUUGGUGCGAGAGCUGUCCAUUCGUCCUAUUCGCGCCGUCACCCGCGGGAUAUCGGAGGGCUUGCCAGCGAUACGUGACGCCCUCAUCGACGUCUGUGACACUUGGGACAUCAUUGUUGGGUCACAUUCAAAAGGGACAUCCGUGGUGCCUUGCCCUAUCCAUUUCCCUGACGUGGAACGCGAGCGACAUGCGGCUGAAUAUGAAAGUCUCCUCAAACCGUGGAGCUUGCGUGAAAGUCUUCAUGAACAGCUGGGUCUUGACCCUGAUGGAUUUGUCAGGUCGGAGAAGUACGAGGCCGUAAAGGAAGCUCAUGAUGCACUACGGGAAAAGUUGAUCAACGAGGCGGAGCCAGAAGAAAAGGAGUGGCUUGUGCGAUGCUGGCCAUUCCAGGAUGGUCAGCUGGCAUAUAGCUCGGAAACUUGUCAGUGA